UGAUCAUCAUCGUCAUCAUAAUAAUAAUAACUUAUAGUUGAUAAAAACCAGCUCCGCAGGCCAAGACUCAGGUCUGGCUUGCUCUUUCAGUUUGGGAGCGGCUCAAGUAAUGGUUUCGUAAUUUUGUCAUUAUUCCCACUUCUCACAAAAAGUCUCAGAAAACCACCACUCUUAACACCACCAUAACCCAUUAUUUGUUUCUCAAUUCUGUGUCUGUAAUUUGGCUCUCAAUGUUGUCAUCAACGGGUGGUGAAAAAACCCACCACUCCAAAACCAACAAGUGUCUCUCUCCCACGUUAUUCUCUUCACUUAGACCGACACCGCAAAGAACCAUGGAAGAAGUCUGGAAGGACAUCAAUCUGUGUUCUCUUCCCGAAACUGGUCCAGCAAUCAGGCUUUACAAUACUAGUAAUGGUAAUCCCAACCACCCAUCUUCAUCCUCAGACUUCCGUAAUAUGAUCCUCCAAGAUUUCCUCGCACGCCCAUUUGCCAAUAAUAAUAAUAACAAUAAACCACCACCACCGCCACCGACAACCACCGUCGACGUCUCCACCGCCACCACCAACGAAACCACCCUCUAUACUGCACUGCCUCCUCCGGCCACGGCUCUGAGCUUGAAUUCCGGUCCCGAUCACUUUCAUUUUCUUGAUAACUCUGGCCACCCUGCUCUUGCUACGUCUGAUUCUUGUAAUUUACACGCCAACAGCAACAACAGCAAUGUUUCUUCUUUUUCAUGUCCGUUUGAGGCUUUGGCCGCCUCUUCUCCAUCUUUUGGGAAAAAAAGGUUCCCGGAAUUGGAAUCCGGUUCCGGUGACCGCCGGCAUAAGCGUAUGAUCAAGAACCGUGAGUCAGCUGCUCGAUCAAGAGCUAGAAAGCAGGAAUGCAUCUGUCCAAAACUGCUUAUACCAAUGAGUUGGAGCUUGAAGUUGCACAUUUACUGGAAGAGAAUGCAAGACUCAAAAGACAGCAAGAACAGUCGUCAGUAUUGUCAAGCAGCGACUGCUCAACUUCCCAAAAAGAAAACGCUACAGCGAACGUCAACGGCUCCAUUUUAAGAAAUCUCAGAUAGACAGACAGAGAGUGAGAGCCUUCGUUAAAAGCAGUCUCUUUGGAGCUUGGUUAUUUAAUUGUGGUUUCUACUUUCUAUGUCUUGUGUGGCAAAUGGGUUUUCCUUUAUGCCAUAUAUAAAUGGUAAGCAUCUAAAUAUAAAUCGAAGAUUUUAAGGUAGAACCAUGACCAAGACUCUCAAUCUUUGUAUGAAAGAGAUUGUGUUUUUCCAUUUCUUUGGAGCGUCUUGUUUGUUUAUUUUGUUGCUGUCUUUUUUCUUUUUUCUUUUUUUUUUUUUUUCCUUUUUUUUAAUCCUUGAGACUUUCAUUCGUUGACUCUUUUUCGAACCCAAUUUUUUUUUUCCCUUAUUUAAAUUAAAAGUAGAAACUUUUUUAUUACUUAGUUAAGAAAUAAUUUGUUUUGGGUUAAGUUGGGGUUGAGGACGAGAUAAGGGGUAAAGGACCAAUUAUAUCUUUUGGUGAAUAAAGGGCCAGUCGCAUAAUAAGUCCAAGAGAAUUGCAUAGCUUAUAGAAAAGGUGGAACACUUCUCUUUGUUUUGUUGAGUAGUACUGGCUAUCACUUUCACAUCUUCUUAUCCCUUAUCUUCUUCCUCCAUCACGCCGUCUACUGCGUACGCUAACCUUUUUCUUUCUCCUCAGUAUGACAGCCAUUGAUGCUUCCUUUUGUUGGGUAUAUCUGAUUGGGCCUUUGUAUUUGAUUUUUGUUUUCCUGCUUCCCAAAAGACUUCAAUGUGGGUCAACACCAUUAUAGCAUAAUACUAAUAAUGUUUGUGAACUUGUUAUUUACUUCAACCAUCUGCUUUAUAUAUAUAUAUAUAUAUAUAUAAUGGUUGUAUUAUAUUUUACUGGUUGAAGCUGUUUGUGGGUCAAAACAAUGAGAAAUUAAAGGGUGUUUGUGGGCUCAGUUUUUAUACACCUUUAAUUUAGUUCCAAUUGGUCAUAUGUCGAGUUAAGUUUUACUUUAGUUUUUGGUUGAUGGAUUUGCAAUGUUCUUGUUUCUUCAAAUAUUAGGCUUUCUUCUGUCUAAGUCAGAAGUCACUACCGUAUCAUUUUACGGUUAAAUUACGAUUGCGAAAGUAAAAUAUAAAUAGUAUACGUACUUGGUGGGAGAUUCAAAGAGUUUGGAGAUCCAUUUACUUUCUUUCUCUAACAAUGUACAUAUUUCAUUUUUCUA